AUGUCUCGACGGAACGAGAUCAAGCAAAAGCAAGCUAUCCAGGCCCAGAUCCAGCUUGCUUUUUCCAAUUCAGAGAAAAAAGCAGCCUCGUGGCUUGCUCCUCUGACAAAAAACACCGAGCUGAAUUCAAGCUAUUUGGAUCUUCCUAUAGUACCUCCUGGUGCUGGUCUCUCCAGCUUAGAAGAUUCACCAGGAAACAUCCGGGACUUUAUAGAGAGCGACACCACAAAGCCAGACAAGUGGCGCCCAUCAAAACCUCACCAACAAACCAAGGCUAUGGCAGCACUCACCAACAAGAUGAGAAGUGAAAAAAGAGAUAAGAUUCACAAACGACUAAGUACGAAACCAGCUAAACCAGUCAAGAGGGAAGAUAGCGACAGUGAGAGCGACGAAGAUAGAAAGAUCAGGAGUUCACGACUGGUGAAGAAAUCUAACAAAAGCAAGCGUCCGUUCUGA